CUUUUUAUCCCGCAUUGAAAAGAAAAGAGUUGACCAAAAAAAAAAAGAGUGAAGAAGACACAGUCUCUUCACUGUAGUUGGGUUCGUUGAAGAUCUUCUUCCUCUUCAAGGGAACAGUGUCGGAAUCCAUUGCUAUGUCUCUUCAUUUCCAGCUUUUUCCAUCUCGGUAAAAGGCAAAAAGAAAUUCGCGACGACAUUGCAGUUACAGUUAUACUUCGCCAUAGCAAAUCUGUAAGCUCCUCCAUCCCUCGAUGAUUCGUCUAAACACCUUCUUGUGACUGUUUCGGGGUUUUGUCUCAACUCCUUUUUGCUACUUUGAGUGAUCAGAGCUGCAAUGAGGAUACUUACUCGAUUGGACAUGCGCAGAUUGCUGUCGGCCAUCAUCGUUACAGUUGGUUUAGUUGUUCUACUUGUUCUCUGUUUCGGUAUCCCCUGUCGCAAUUCUUUUUGCUUCUCUCCGGUUAAGGUUUCAGGGAUUGUAGCUACUAACCUCAGUGAAGUGGUCAAAACAGAGAUUAAUCUCUCUAGUGAUGAUGAUGAUGAUGAUGAGUAUGAAGAGGAGGAGACAAGAAACGAUGAUUCUUGUAGAGAAAAUAAUGUUGUUGCAAUCACCAAUGUAAAAGUAGAGUCAGUUAUUGCUUCACCAAAUGUAUCAUUGGGGAAACCUGAAAUGGCGGUUGAAAGUAGACAAAGUAAUGCUUUGUCUAUUUUGAGAAGACAGAAGCAAGUGGCUGCCACGGUUUCGAUAUCUCAGAUGAACUCAUUGCUGAUCCAAACUCGUCCUUCUUCUCAUUCCCCUAAGCCUCGUUGGUCAUCUGCUCGAGACUCUGAAAUGCUCUCUGCCAAAUCCGAGAUUGAGAACGCUUCUGUUGUUCAUGAGUCUCUUGGACUCGAUGCUUCCCUUUAUCGAAAUAUCUCCAAGUUUCUAAAGAGUUACGACUUGAUGGAGAGGAAACUCAGAGUUUAUGUGUACAAGGAAGGAAAGAAACCUAUAUUCCAUAGCCCAUUCCCUCGAGGAAUCUAUGCUUCUGAAGGUUGGUUCAUGAAACUCAUGGAAAGCAACAAGAAGUUUCUAGUAAAAGACCCCAGGAAGGCUCAUUUGUUCUACAUACCUGUCAGCAUUAAAGCUCUCAGGACUUCUCUGGGACGUGACCUUGAAACACCAAAGAGUCUUGCAGAUCAUUUGAAGGACUAUGUGGAUUUGAUUGCAGCAAAGUACAAGUUCUGGAACCGAACUGGUGGAGCUGAUCACUUUCUUGUUGCUUGCCAUGAUUGGGGCAACAAACUUACAAAGAAGCACAUGAGUAACAGUGUCCGAGCACUUUGCAACUCAAACGUUGCGCAAGGCUUCAGAAUUGGGAUCGACACGGCUCUACCGGUCACGUACAUACGCUCUGCCGAGUCUCCUAUCGAGUACCGUGGAGGGAAACCUCCAUCCGAGAGGAAGAUUCUUGCAUUCUUUGCUGGAAGCAUGCAUGGAUACCUCCGACCGAUCCUUGUGCAGCUUUGGGAGAACAAAGAACCUGACAUGAAGAUCUUCGGUCCGAUGCCUCGUGACCCUCAAGGCAAGAAACAGUACCGUGAAUACAUGAAGAGCAGCAGGUACUGUAUAUGUGCGAGGGGUUAUGAAGUCCAUACGCCAAGGGUUGUGGAAGCUAUAAUCAACGAAUGUGUUCCGGUCAUCAUUGCUGACAACUACGUGCCUCCCUUUUUCGAGGUUCUGAAUUGGGAGGAGUUUGCGGUGUUUGUGGAGGAGAAAGACAUAGAGAAUCUGAGGAACAUUCUGGUGUCGAUACCAGAAGAGAGAUAUAUUGGGAUGCAAGCUAGGGUUAAGACGGUGCAGCAACAUUUCCUGUGGCACAAGAAACCUGUCAAGUUUGAUCUCUUUCAUAUGGUUUUGCAUUCAGUUUGGCACAGCCGAAUUAACAGGGUUAAAACCAGGUCCAGGCAUUAUUGACUAGUAUGUCAUAAAUAUUGCAAGGGAACUAUUCAUUUGUAACGUUAUCAAACUUCUUAGUUAACUUAAGAUAUCUCAAUAAUACAAAGAUGAGUUUCCAUA